GAGCGCGUGAGCUCACCGCGUCCGCACCUCCGUGACUGCGGUAACGUUGUUGUGGAAUGACGUCACGGCGGUGAAAUGCAGGCGCAGCGGCGGCCAUGACUGCGGGCUCUGUGAUUAUUUAAUCCGGAUUAAAUACUGGCGGAAAACGUCCAUGGCAAGAGCCACGAGUCAGAUGUAUGAUGUCGUACCCCUCCACUCCUCUGGUCUCUGCCCGUGUCCAUCCAUGGUAAGAGGUCAGCAGGAAGCACACCAUCGCCACGGCAACAGCAUGGAGGGCCAGGCCCCGCCCCCUCAGCCGACUCAGCCACGCAAGAAGAGACCCGAGGAUUUCAAAUUCGGCAAAAUCCUGGGAGAGGGCUCCUUCUCGACGGUUGUCCUGGCAAAAGAACACGCGACGGGGAAGGAAUAUGCAAUUAAGAUCCUGGAGAAGCGCCACAUCAUGAAGGAGAACAAGGCGCAGUACGUGAAGCGAGAGAGGGACGUGAUGUCCAACCUGGAUCACCCGUUCUUCGUCAAACUCUACUUCACCUUCCAGGACGAGGAGAAGCUCUAUUUCGGUCUGAGCUACGCUAAGAACGGCGAGUUGUUAAAGUACAUCCGCAAGAUCGGCUCCUUCGACGAGACGUGCACGCGGUUCUACUCGGCCGAGAUCGUCUGCGCACUCGAGUACCUGCACCAGAAAGGCAUCAUCCACAGAGAUCUGAAGCCAGAGAACAUUUUGCUCAGCGAAGACAUGCACAUACAGAUAACAGACUUCGGCACAGCCAAACAGCUUUCCUCUGACAGUAGGCAGGCUCGAGCGAAUUCAUUUGUUGGUACGGCUCAGUACGUCUCCCCAGAGUUACUGACUGAGAAAUCUGCCUGUAAGAGUUCGGAUCUCUGGGCGUUAGGCUGCAUUAUUUACCAGCUGGUUGCCGGGUUACCACCAUUCAGAGCGGGAAAUGAGUAUCUUAUAUUCCAGAAGAUUAUUAAAUUAGAGUACGAGUUUCCCGAGAAAUUCUUCCCCAAAGCCAAGAAUCUAGUGGAACAACUUCUGUUGUUGGAUCCUUGCAAGCGGAUUGGCUGCGAGGAAAUGGGCGGGUAUGAGCCGCUGAAAUCCCACCCCUUUUUUGAGUCAAUCAGCUGGGACGACUUGCACCUGCAGACUCCGCCCAAGCUUACCCCCUACCUGCCUGCCAUGUCCGAGGAUGAUGAGGACUGCUACGGGAAUUACGAUGACCUCUUAAGCCAGUUCAGCAGCAUGCAGGUGGCGCAGCCCGGCCCGUCGCCCUCGUUGGCCGAACCGUCAGAAAGGCCGCUUCCUGUCUGUAACCCCGCCCCCAGCGUGGAUCAGUUCAUCCACGUCCAUGAGCUGGACAGCAACAGCAUGGAGCUGGACCUGCAGUUCAGCGAAGAGGAGAAGCGCCUCCUGCUGGACAAGCAAAGCGCAGCAAACCCGUGGCACCAGUUUGUGGAGAAUAACCUCAUCCUGAAGAUGGGCCCAGUCGACAAGCGCAAGGGUCUGUUUGCACGGCGCAGGCAGCUGCUCCUGACUGAAGGUCCUCACCUGUACUAUGUUGAUCCGGUGAAUAAGGUCCUGAAGGGGGAGAUCCCCUGGUCACCGGAGCUGCGGCCAGAAGCCAAGAACUUCAAAACCUUCUUCGUUCACACGCCGAACCGGACCUACUACCUGAUGGACCCGAGUGGCAACGCUGACAAGUGGUGCAAGAAGAUCCAGGAAGUGUGGAGGAAGAUCUACCACAAACACCAGAACCCCAGCGUAUAGGAGCUUUCCCCUACGGCCACACCCCCAGUACCCCUUCAACCAAUCACAGGACAGGCACACCUCUGCCGUGCUCCCUCUUGUCUGUCUGUCUUUUUUUUUUUUUUCCUCCUCCUCUCUGGAUCUUAACGCAGGGGUGUGUACUGUCUGUCUGGUUGGUCUGCAUAUAGAGUUAAGGCGGGUCCUUUGCCCUGAUUGGCCGCAGUAGCUGGUCUAGCUGAUCUGAUUGGAGGAUGUGGUGGCUUUGUGUUUUUUUUUUUUUUUUUUUCAUUUUUUUUUCUCUCUCUGUCCCAAAAAUCCAAAAAAAGACAGCAAACCAUUGCAAUCAUCACCUCACUGUGGAACUAUGAGUUACGUAGUUCUCCUGAGGGUAAUCCAUCACCUCCUCCCCCCCCUCCUCCCACAAGGCCCUGAGCCAAUAGCGUGACUGAUUUUCAGUUCUUGUUUUCCUUUUUGUUUUUUGUUUUGUUUUUCCUUUAAAUCGUCUGCAGUGGGAUAUUGGUGUGUGUGUGUGUAUGAAUGAGCACAUGUACCUUCUUUUGCUUGGGCGUUUUUAACAGGAAGGAGAUGAGCGAGUGUGUGUGUGUGUGUGUCCUCUUCCUGGUUGGUAACUGAUGACUGUGAUGUAUAGUUGAUGUAAUAUUGAACUUGGAGGCGAGUGCAGCGAGGCGACUCUUGGAUCCGGGUUUUGUAUUUUUAUUCUUGUAUAAGGUUAUUUGGGCUCUUCUCCGUUCAGGGGCCCGGCUACUCUGUGUUAUUUAAAUUCUAAUAUAUGAGAAUCAUAUUUGGAUUGAAGUCACGUUCGAGGGCCUUGCUGUGUAUGUUUUUGAAAUGUAAAGCCUUUGAAUGUGAAGAAUUAUUGUAAACUAUGAUAUUUUACAGGUUUUUUUUUUGUUCAUUUUUUUUUCUUCUUACUAUAUCAAACAUUUUCUAUUUGCUCAGUGAUCGACUCAUAUUCUGAUAAUUUAAAGCCUUUGCCAUUCACAGGCCCCGCCCACACAUGAGCAAGCGUGUGAGAGACGGCGAGUGUGUGAGAGUGAGUGAGUGUGUAUGUGAGCACAUGUGGGCAGAGCCUGCCUUUGCAUUUGGCACUGUGUGUAUUUUUUCUCGUCCAGCUCUCGAGCUCGACGCCACCUAGAACUGAAAUAAAGCAUGUAGGGGUUUAGGCCGACAGAAA